UGAAAAUAAACCUAAUGAUGAUAAUACAACAAUAACACAUUUAAUCUUAACUGUUUCAAAAACAAAAGGUCAAUUUGUAAUCAUACAAAUCAAUACCAAAGCCGGCUUAGCACUUAGUGAGAUAACAUUUAAUAAUCGAAAUGAAAAUGAUAAUAAUGAAGAUCAAGAUAUUGUACCAUCAUCGAUUUAUAUUGAAGCUAAUUUACGUCGAUUAGAAUCAUUAGCAUUGAAUUCAAUACCGGAUGAUAUAAAAGUCCAUGGUAAAUUGUUAAAUAUAUUGCUUUUGAUUAUCAUUAUUUGUGCUUUACUUGGAAUAUUCCUAUUUGUUUCAUGUAUAUUUUCAAGGAAACAAAAAGAUGAUUUAAAAAUGACAGCUGCAGAAAUUUUACGAAGUUUAACAUCUAUAACAACUACAACAGAUGAUGAAAAUACACAAGGUCAAUCACAAGCUGAUGUUUAUUCAGAACUUGAUAAUAAUGAUGUAUUAGCAACAAAUUGUUUAGAAUAUAUCAAUGCAGAAAAAAUUGUUAAUGAAAGUGCUCAAGCAACAAUUCGUACACUUCCUUCCUAUCGACAAUCAAUAGCAUCGCAUUGUUCAAUUGCAAAUAUUCAUACAUUUAACGAAUAUUUAUCUGAAUUAGAUUCAAGUGAAAUAAUAAUCAUACAAAAUCUUGGUGCUCAAAAUAAUCGUGAAUGUUUCUAUAGUGAAUAUGGUCCAAACAAAUUACCAGUUAUUUUAUUUGAGGAAGAACACAAUGAAUUUCUUAGUUUAUCAAAAAUAAUAAAUCAUUCGAAUAUAGUGACUUGUUUUGGUUAUGUUAAUGUAUCACCUGAACGAUGCUUUUUAGUUAGUGAAUUUAGUCAAGUAAAUCUAUUUGAACAUUGUCAAACAUUAUUAACUGAAAAUAGCAGUACUGUAACAACUUUAAUGGGAUUUUUAAAUGAAAUUAUAUCAGCUUUAGUUCAUCUUGAAUCAUUAAAUAUAAUUAUACGUGAUAUAACAUUACCAAAUUGUCUUUUAUUUAAUGAUAAAACAAUCAAAUUAUCUGAUUUUGCUAAAAAUGAUGAUCGUUAUGUAUCACGAUAUGUUCAACAAGUACCUAUUCGAUGGUUACCUGGUGAUGUUAUAACAGGAGAUGAAAAUUGGUCAAUUUAUACAACAACAUUUAUGUUUGGUACACUUCUAUUUGAAUUAUUUCAUUUGGGUUUAUAUAUUCCCUAUAAUGAUUUACAAGAUGAUGAAGUUCUACAAUUCUAUCGUGAUUUAUGGUCACAUUCUAAACAAAAUGGUAUUGAACCAUCUGUACUUUGUUUUUCAACACAUUUUCCACGUCCAACAUUAUGCAAUGAUCGUCUUUAUGCACUUAUAGAACGUUGUCUUUCCUGGUCAAGUUUAGAUCGUCCUUCCUUCAAAGAACUAAGUUUAUGUUUAGACGAAACAACAACUGUGUUAUCUUAA